AUGAAGCGGCCGGUCCAUUCCGCUCCCCCGGCUGUGGCUGUGGGAUCAAAAGGCUGGAGGGACGCCACUGUCCGCUCGAUUCUGCGCGCCGAAGAUCUUCUGCGUCAAACUCACGUAGAUCAACUGCACUCAUCUACACGCUACCGCAGCCACAGCGUUGGGAAAUUUAACGUUACCCACAGACAUACUCAGUUAACAGAUUACAGUGUUAACAACGGCGUCGAAAAGGAGCACAAUGAGAGUGACUCGAAAAAGAAAGAAUGCCGACUUAAAUCCACUGGAAGUACGCUCACUUCUGGAGUCAUGAGCAGGCCGUUCCCCCCGCCGGCUCUGCGUGACCAGAGUGCAGUUGUCAGCACCGGUAUGGCGGGUGAAUAUAUGCGGGGUGUGAGAGAGGUGGAGGGUCACCUGCGCAGACAAGCAGGUAGGGUCACACAGGAGGGCACCAGGGUGGAGCAUCAAAGGGAACAACUGGAAAAAUUGCUCCGCAAUCUAAGGAAAGCAUUGCUGGUCAAUCAGCAAAGUACAGACGGAAGGACAUUUCGACCGGCCACCACAGAGACAAUAAUGGUUAGAGCUGAUGAUCUUCUAAACAAAGAACGAAGAGGCCUGAAUGUGCUAAAACAAGAACUGGAGAGCAUGUUGAGAAAGACUUUGACUCAACAACAGCAACAUCUGACACUGAGCUCAGCUGCCACUAGACAGGCCUUUUACCGCAAACAGAGACAGAUGCAAUGUGCUGGCUACAGUCUUGGCAGAGCUAUGGGCCCAGUCUGUAGUGCUGAUCUUUACUGUCGUGAGAGAUUGAGCAGGCCUAUGACUCAGCUGUAUGGGCGCCAUUCAAGUGUUGGGCUUCCUGAAUCUGACCUCCUAACACAGGGCAGUACUAUGCUCCGGAAACAUCUAGAAUCCUCAGGGAAAGAGAUCGCAGAGCUGCAGGUCGUUCAUCAGCAGCUGGAGAACGACAAGCAUGGAAAGCGUGCCGCAGCCGGUGUGGACUCUGCUGUGGUCAGACUGCGGCAAAGACUCGUACAUCCCCAGUCUGUCCGGCCGGCAACCAGUUAAAACUCUACUGACAGACAUUUGAACAAAGAUGGUGCUUCACUUUCUAAAAGCAGAAAUCUGGGGUAUUUCUAAGUUACCUGUGGUGUUCACAAAAUAAGG